UGUGAUUUCCUACUCGGGCUCUAAAGGCCUGCAGGUUUCAUCCAAUCAACGGUUUCGUUUUUCCUCUCGCGAUACGCCUGCGCUACUUGAGCAUCAACCAAGCAACAUUGAAAAACCGCGAAAGGCUGCACGCACGAGGCACGAUUCUCGUCGGGAGCCUUCAUCGCGCACCUGGCUCUGAAAGACCGUUCGUGCGACAGCAUGGUGAUUCUUACCAGCUUCCCGCCGCCCGACGAAGGCGUCCGUCACCGCGAGGAGGCGACGGCCGCAUUUAUCCAAAGCAGAGACCUUGGCAAGGGAACGCUCUACAUCGCCGAGAGCCGUGUUUCGUGGGUCGGCCAGGACAGCUCUGGCUUUUCCCUGGAGUACCCAUCGGUGGCACUGCAUGCUUUGUCGCGGGACCUGCAGUCCUUUCCAGAGGAGUGCCUCUAUCUGAUGAUUGAUGGCGAUCUGGGCGAGGGUGAAGAAGAGUCCAGCGAGAAUGGACAGGAUGAUGAGCAACCUGCUUCAGAGGUCCGCUUUGUGCCAGAUGACAAGUCGCAUCUGGAAGCUAUGUACAAGGCCAUGUCAGAGUGCCAAGCCCUGCACCCAGAUCCCGCUGAUUUUGGCGAUUCAGAUGACGAUGGCGUUUAUGAGGAUGCUGACGAGGAGGACGAAGGUGCAGAGUAUGAUGUUCGAGCAGCCGAGCAGCAGCGUGGCUGCCACCAGCUUGAGGCAGAUGCAGGCAACGGUGACUGGGAAGCUGGGGACGAGCCCAUGGAGACGGGGCAGUUUGAAGACGCAGAGCCAGACCAUUGAAAUUAGCUUCCUUCACGUUGCUGGACGCUUCUGCUAUAAAAGGAGAAUACAUCUUGUCAUUUGCAUGAAGAAAUGGCUGAGCGGUCCAUUUCACCAACCUUUGUUCAACUGGUUGGUAGGAUCAAUGAACAGCGGGAGGAUACUGCAAAGUUAGCAACAUCACAACGAGCGGCACCUUGUGUUUGCUUGCCUGAAGUCGUCUCCUUGUCUGCGUGGAAGCCGAAUAGACAUUGCCUGCUGCUUUGUUUACGUUAUGACGCUGCGGCGAUUGCACGAGAUAAGCAGAAAUACAUUAUGCAUAUGGAGAGCACCUUUACUAAUGAAUUUGACAUCACAUAAUACACUGUAUUUAUCGCCUCCAACACUACACUUUUGCUCAGCCAAAGAGAAAAGCGUGUUGACCUGUUUCGCAUGUAUGUGCUAUGUGCCCAUUAUGUUUCUCAUUCUUUACCUCCUUGAGGAGGAUCAUGGCAACGAAUAAACUUUGUUACUCAUUCUGCA